GCCCGGCGGGAGCUGAGGGCCGUGUGGGCGCUGGGGGACCUGCUUGGGACGAGGCCGUGGAUAGGUUUUGUGCUGCUUUGGAGCGCGGAGCGUUACGAGUGCAAGGCUUACCAAGAAAAAUCAAGAUGAGUCUACGAAAGCAAACUCCUAGUGACUUCCUAAAACAGAUCAUUGGAAGGCCAGUUGUUGUAAAAUUAAAUUCUGGGGUCGAUUACCGAGGUGUCCUGGCUUGCCUGGAUGGGUAUAUGAAUAUAGCUCUGGAACAGACAGAAGAAUAUGUAAAUGGACAAUUAAAGAACAAGUACGGGGAUGCGUUUAUCCGAGGAAAUAAUGUAUUGUACAUAAGCACACAGAAAAGAAGGAUGUGAAGGUGCCAGAAGGAGGCUCUUCUGUAUUUGUGAGUCUCUCCAAAUGGAUGAGACCUAUUUCAUUUGUAGUUUAUCAUUCACAGCUGACAUAUUCAAGUGCUAUUUUUUUUUUUUUAAAUAAAUGAAAACCAAUGGAAGCUUCCUGAA